CACCUGCACGAGCUAUAACCACAGACUCCCCGCCGACCUGCCUAAUUAGCCCAAUUGACUUUUGACUCGAUCUUCUACUCCUGUGAGGGUUACUAACCUACUAUCGUUUCGCAGUAGUAUUCAGAAAAUUCAAGUAUCGUCAUGGAAGGUCAAAACGCGAUGGAAGUUGUUGGAAAUGACGAGGUUGGAGAGAAGAAAGAAAAGAAUAAGCGCAAAAGGAUUGUGGAUAAAUUUCAAACCAAAGCUGCAAGGAAACAUCAGAAACGGUUGCGAAAAUUAGUAAGGAAGGAAUACGCAACGAAGGGGAAGUCAGUCAUUAAUAGUGUUUUAGCUAGGAGAUUGCAAAACGAAAAAAUUAAGUUGGUAGCCGAAAAUAUGAUUGAAGAAUUGACUGCUUUAAAAAUAGACAACAAGAUAAAGCAGCAAUGAAUUAAACAUAGAAAUAAUGAAUUUUUAGCAUGUAAUAGCCAUUGGGUGAAAUAAUAUAUAUUUUUGUAGCCACAAAAAAAUUUAUUUACGAAUAAAUUUUUUUUUCUACAAGUACUGAUUACUGCAUUGUUUAUAGCUCCAUUGCACUCAUUAAUAUUUGCGUUUUUCACUGCCCUUAUUUAAAAAAAUUCAUUUUACACAUAUUAUUAAGGAUUCACAGGGUAAGAAUUGAUUAACUAAAGUGCUUUUCAAUGCUUGUCAAUCACACGCUAUUAACUGAAAAAUGUGAUCAGAAGUUGGAUUUUAUUUGAACGCAUGAAGAAAUGACUAAAUUAAUGUAACCUAAUAUUGAAUUUAUACAGUUAGCAAACACAGGUACAACAGGUAGUAAGAUCCAUCCAGACGCAAACCCUUCAUCUUUGCAAUUCCAAACUUCGGUCCCGGUGAUAUUGCGUUACGAUGAAGUUUCCAUCGAGUUUCCAUACGUCGAUUAGACUAUAUAGCGUAGCAGCCAUCCGAUCGAAUAACCUGUUCUAAUUAUAAACAACAAAUCGAAUUACACUAGAACAAUUCAAGUGGUAGAUUUGAACAAUUGUCGAGCGCUGCUGUGUGCUAUAGUGUAAUAAUAGCUCCGCCGAAUGAUUUAAAUAACGGUAUAUGCAAUAUUUGAAGAGGCAGCGAUAGACACGCUGACAAGUCGGCAGCUAUCCGAGAAAACAAACAUUUUCAUAACGGACGAGUUGCCACAGUUGAGAAAGCAUUACUACGCUCUUUCGUCAUAAUAUAUAUUCGCUCACUCUUCGUGCAGUGAUGGCUUGGCCGGGGGGACAAGCUGAAUGUACCACGGGCCAAACUAAACGGUCGAGAGAGAAAGAGCGAUCAGCUUGACCGUCAGGCUGUGGUAUCAGUCGUCGUCGCCGUCGCCGUCGUCGCCGUCGUCGUCGCCCGCCAGGUGCCAAAAGUCUCUCACAUAUCUCUCGCGGCCGGUGUGCUCAUUUGUAAGCGUCGCUCUUUUACGUGAACAUCGUAUAUGCAGUAUGUGCAUUGCUCAUGCGUCACAUGUCGCCCGGGCUGUGAAUGGACGUCUCGAAUUACGUUAAUUUUAAGCUCUAACCGAAUCAUUUCCUUAUUUUGCCUUGCUCUGAUGUUCUAAAAAUCGUCAAUAUGAACAUUUAUUCUUAUUGAGCAUUGAACAAUUUUAAUUCGUCGUUCCUUAUUAAUCGACAGAGGAAUGCACGCAUUUGAGAGUGUUUUCUCCAAAAAUAUCAAUCUACCGUAUUCUGUCAGACUAACUUAACAGGACUAAAUUAAAAGAUUUAUAAUAAUUUGAAUAACUGAUGCAGAAAACAAACAAAAAACAAUCUACUUUCCAACGAUUGUGAGUGUAAUUUCAGGCUUUCCAAAGAUAUAUGUAUGUAUUUUGAUUAGAAAAGAAAGAGAAAAAAGAAAAAAAACAGGUGAAUUAGAAAUAAUCUGGAUAUUUUGAAAAAUCGUAAGAUCAUAAAUUGUUGGUCAUUAAUCCCGCGGCGUAGAGACGCGGCCAACUAUCGCGGCUACACCGCGACCGUAAUACGUGCAUAAUAUAUGAGUCUCCCGUGAAGCAUGAGCGAGCCCAUUGCGCAACGCUGAUUAGCGAGCAUGCACGUACAUACGUGUGUGCGUGUGCAGUGCAGUAGAGAUGAGUCAUUCAUUAAUUAUAUCUAGAUUUUUUCGUUAUUUUGCCGUGCGCGCGAAAACGAAUCCCGAUUCAUUGAGCUAUAUUCGUCGUUCUUGCCGCCUCGCAUCCAUCUACGGCGACAGUGUUCCAUUAGACACAAGUUAUAUAUCAACACGCCCGUGUUCGUUAAUAUUUAUGACGUCGUUGAGUGGGUAUUAAAGACACUUUUCCAUGCAUCGCUACGCUAAGCGAGCCCCGGGAAUCCCAUUUGCUUUUUCAUUUUCUAUUGUUAAACUCGUUUAUGUCGACAGCUUCUCAAAUAUUAUCUGGGUUUGAUGUAUUCCGUUCGUUCGUAAAAACAAAACAAAAAUUAGAAAAAGAACUAUGGUUAUUUGUCAACCACCUAUUCAAUCGCGAUGUUUACCUUUGCUGUGCAAACCGGUUCGGUGAAUUUCGCUGUGAUUUGACUAAGAGGAAAUUCCGCACGUGGCUCCAAAAAUCGAUUUUGGAAAAUGCAAAUUUCAAACUGGUAUGCUUAUUGGAUUGUCUCAAUUGAGUCGCCAAGUCAUUAAAAAGUAAAGUUUAAUUUGGAAAUUUCAACUGAAAACUGAUGUCAUUGUAUAGUUCAGCUUUAACAUGUAAUACUGAAAUCCUGUAUUUAUAUAAGCUUCAUUUACGAAAGGAAUACUUUUUCCAAUAUUUAACUCGGCUUCAGACAGGAUUUACGAACGAGAAAACUCAAUUGAUAAAUUAAUGACGAACUUUUGUCAAUAAAUCAAUCUCGUGGUGAAUAUACUUGAAAUAGACUUGCAUUGAUUAGAUAAUGAUUUGGUCGACGUGCACGGGGGAUAAUUAUAUCGUUUGGGACGCUUGUAAUGCUUUCGGUAAAAUAGACGUGUCCUAAAAACAGUACUAGACUAUAUGAGAUGAAGAAGAAAAUAAACUAUAUGGUUUUGGUAACGAUAUCAAAUGGUUGAUAUUGGUUUUGCACACAGACUGGUCGCAUGAUUAUAGGCCGAACCGAUCACAGUAAACCAGGCUCCCGUACAGAGCAGUUGCGAAUCGAUCGAAAUCCAGAAAGAUAGAUAGCAGGUCGGUACGCGGGGGCGGCGGCCCUAUGCGGCAGAUCCGCACAUACCAGCACACACACACUCACAGCACAGACUUGGCCGGCUGCAGUGCAUCGGCGUGACUGCGAGAAAAGUGCAGCCGACGGUGGUGGCGGCGGUGGAGGCGGUCCUCCUUCCUCUCUCACUCGGCGGCACAUAGAAUAUAGAAGAGAGAGAGAGAGAGAGAGAGAGAGAGAGAGAGAACCAGGGACCGCGAGUCGGCGCUUGCGCAGUUUGCUUGACCGGCGCGCCGCCGCGGCCGUCGCCACUAGCUCGGGCAUGGAGCGCAGUGUCGCGUCGAAGCUCUCGCCGAACGCGUCGUCGUGCAGCUCCGUGUCGUACUCGAGAAUAGAGCAGGAAAAAACAACAAAUCAUUUUAACAAAGCUCCCUUGCAAAAAAAUUUCAAAUCGAAAAGAAUUGCCUCAGUUAUACGUACACCAACACGAAAAUCGAAAAAAUCUCGCGCCAGGCAGCCCACAACUAAGCGAGCUCGAGUGCAGUAGUUGGUAGAAAAAAAGUGCGCGGUUUCUUAUCAGCUGACAAGUGUGACAACAGCCCCGGAGAGUCCCUCCUUUGUUUUCGUCUGUGCGAGAAAAAAAGAUCAAUCAAAAUAAUCAGUGAGAUUUAGUGCGCAGGUGUUGCUGAUCUACGAUAAUAAUAAUAAAAAUAAUACUCGUGCCGGCUUUAUUUGAGCGGGGGAGAGGUAAAGACUCCACCGACUACGUCGAGUGCAAAAGAGUGCCGGUAAAGCGCGCGCGGGUGGACAGAUAGAGAGGGGAAAGCAAAGAGAGCGACUAAAGGAGACGAGCUGAGCAAGAUUUUAGCCGACGACGACGUGCUGCUGCUGCUGCUGAGCGAAGAGAUGGAGGCGCAGAGCCAAGAGAUCGUGGCGAGUGGCUCGCCGGCUGAGGUGCCCAACGAUCCAGGGAAAAUGUUCAUCGGGGGAUUGUCUUGGCAGACUAGUCCAGAGAGCCUGAGGGAAUACUUUUCCAAGUACGGCGACAUCACAGAGGUCAUGGUCAUGAAAGAUCCAACAACGCGACGAUCAAGCAGCGGUGAGCCCGCCUCAUCGUAUGUGGUGGACAGUACUGGCUGCAUGUACACGCCAAGGGGUUUUGGUUUCAUCACAUUUGCAGAUCCAGCGAGCGUAGACAAAGUACUGGCUCAAGGCACUCAUGAAUUAGACGGCAAGAAAAUCGACCCGAAAGUAGCGUUUCCUAGGAGGACACAUCCAAAGAUGGUGACAAGGACAAAGAAAAUAUUCGUCGGCGGAUUAUCAGCGCCAACGACGCUGGAGGACGUCAAAAAUUACUUCGAACAAUUCGGCCCG